GUAAGUACAGUACUAGGAAACAACGUAAAUAAUCAUCUAAAAUAUUUUUUUGUAUUGCUUAAAUUUUUUCUUAUAUUAUUGCUUUACACUUCAGUUUUUAUUAUUUUUUUCCCCCAAAUGAUGAGUGAUAAAAUCAUUUACAGCCAAUCGGAGACGCAGGAACAGUAAAAACGGCUGGUGUGCACGUCAGUGUAGUUAUUUACAAUAAAUAAAACAGUGAAUAAAUUGGUAAGUGACAUAAUAAUGAUUCAUCGAAUUACAUUAAACUUUUAUAACAAUGACUUUUAUUUUGACAUCAAACUCCGGAAGUUGUCUCCGGAAGUCCUCGCUGAGCGCAAAGAGUUGUACCUGUCUGCGUGCGUAUGUUCAAAAGAAACCGGUUUAUUUGUCCGGCGUGAAUUACAUUUGUGGUCUUCGGUGUGGACACGAAUGUACCGCUUAUACUUCGAGUCAAGUGACCAAUUUUAGGUACAUGAUAGUUGUUUUUAGUUUGGCUUGCUAUAUGUUUCCUGUCUACAUUUGUCAGCUGAGUGAUCGUUCACCCUGAUAACAGCAGGUUCAAACAAAAUAUCAUACAGUUGACACUGUAAAAAUAUAAUAAAUUAAUAUACCGUUGCCUUUAAAAAGUCAUCUCGCAGUAAUUUUAUAUCUUCUUUUCACAAAAUAACGUGUAGAGGUCUACAUGCUAAGUAUUUAGUGAAAAAAUGCGCAGAUAUAAAAUACUCGUACAUAAAACAGUAGGCUGCAAUAAUAUGAAAGCUUUAUUCAACCACUCCCACAGGUUUAAACUCUUCUAAAUGUCAUGGAGAACUUUGUGGUUUACAUUCCCAAGGAAGCAUGUGUCAAAAACAUGCCUCUGCAGUCCCUGUCCAGCUCCACAGCCAGGAAGAUCAGUGUCGCUCUGUUUCCGCAUGGAUCAGAGAAACAGGUGCCGCAGACGGUGACGCGGAUCUGUCCGGUUGAGCUGCGGGAGAAAGAAGUGGCUGUGGGCAAGGACCGCAGAGAACCGGUCCCACUGAGCCAGAGGGAGCUGGUUUCCAAAAUAACUCCAGGUCAGUUUUCACUGCCUGUUGUGAGUUCCAGCAAAACUGCCUUUAAGGCCUUAAGAAGGAUCUUAAAAGAACAUAAGCCUGAAAUACAGUUUUCGGGGCUGGACAGUGAAGCUGCCUCUCUGCCCAGCAUCAGGAAUUCUGAUGUUCGGCGAAAUGCCAUCAUUCUGUAUAACGGCCAGAUCUUCCUCUCAGUGAGGCGAGUGAGAUUACAGAACUCUCCCUCAGCACCUCCAGCUGUGUGUCCUGUUUCUCCCAGUCAACAGAACCAGAUUAACACAUCUAGAUGUCAAGCACAAGCACUCCUGGAAACGUCACCCAGACCACAACAGAGCAAGAGUCAGGAUGUUCAGACUCCAGUCAGAGAUCUUGAUAUUAACACUCUUCUGAACAAAGUCUCUGAAGAAAUGCCUGAACAAUGCUGUACAGACAAAGAAUGUCAAAAGGAAGAGGAGACAGCCUCAGAGUCCAGGUCACGGAGUAGCGACCCUAAAUCUCCUGAGGGUCUGGAGUCUGGUCAGGAGACGUCUAGUUCCCUGCCUAGUAUCUUCCAGCCGUCCCAGAUCAACCACACAUCUUCUGGCAUCUCAGAACAGCCCGAAGAAGCAGCAGGAGGACAAAGAGAGACAUCUGAGGAUGACAAUGAGCGUUCAGAGGGCGCGUUACUCCCCAGGGCUGAGAGCUGUCUUGCAUUUGAUUUUGAACAGUUGGCCCAGGAGGAGAGAAUCAACCACCUACGAGCUCAGCUGAGACAGAAGGAAGCCGCACUCAGCAUCUUCCACUUGAAGCCGACGGAUCAGAUUUAGAGGAUCUGACUGUGCCAAAGCUGUCUGUUCAGGAGGUAUAACAGUUCCUUGUGCAUCGUAUUAUUUGAGCAGCAGAAGAAUGUCAUAAAGCUUAAAGGAACAUUUCACCCAAAAAUUAAAAUUCUGUGAUCAUUUACUCACCCUGAAGUUGUUCCAAAUCUGAAUGACUUUCUUCCUUCUGCUGAACACAAAAGAAUAUAUUUUUAAAGUAUGUGGGUAGUUUCUGGUCCCCGUUGACCUACAUAGUAUGGGGACAAGCCACUGUGUGGUUACCCACACUCUUCAAAAUAUCUUCUUUUGUUUUCAGCUGCAGAAGAAAUUUAUACAGGUUUGGGACAACUUGAGGAUGAGUAAAUGAUGACAGAAUUUUAAUUUUUGGGUGAACUAUCUCUUUAAGAUGAAUAUGUUUGUUAAUUCAGUUGUUCAUUAUUUGACAGCACAAAUAUUGUCAUUUAAUUUAAAUAUAAAUGCAAAAUAAUAAUUUUCACACCAUAAGAGACACAUUUCUGAAUAUUUUGUGUAUGUGCAAUAAAUAUGGUGAAUAAUUUGUGAAUAGCAAUGUUUGGUUUAGCUGCUAAAAUUAAAACGGUUCAUUCAUUCUCAGUUCAAAUAAAAGGUUUCAUGUCA